AUGUUUAUUUUCAUUCUCUUAGUAAUUUAUGCAAUAAAAUUCACAAUUAAGAUUGAUUCAAUUAAAUAUAAUAAUGUUCAGGCAUUCUAAAAGAAGGAGUUUGCAAUGAAUACUGAUUUAUAAAUGGUUGUAAUGAUAAAAAACCUAAUAGUAUGUAGAUUAAUAUUGUUAUGAUUGUACAUGUCAAAAAUUUAGAAAUAGUUUUGACUAUCUUGAUUCUCAACCUUAAGAAUAUUUUGAAAGAUGGUUCUAUAUUGAUGGUGGAAUUACUGUAAAAUAGACUUUGUACUUGUGCAUAUAAAAUAUCAAUUUUAGAAGGGAAAAAAAAAGAAUUCCUUUUUGAAAUUAUUGAAUAAAUAAAGAAGGAUUUAUUGGUUUAUUAUGAUAAAUGA